AUGGCACACGUCGCCAGCCCUGCCACUCCUGCAAAGGACGCAUCCCAGGUGAGCCAUGUUGAAGAUGGUGUCUCGCCGCAAGACGUUCUCGCAGGCGCUGCCGCCCGCGGACAGUCCGCUACGGGCUACGAGCACCUGACACCGUGGCAAACCGCCAGCAUGUUCCGAUAUGCCACCUUGGUUUGCUUCCUUGCAGCCUUCUCUGCCGCUGCUGACUGCUAUCAGGUUGUUAUCAACAGUGGCAUCAUCGCCAACGCCGGCUUUGUCCACCGCUUCGCGACAGAGACCGACGCCACGGGUGGUCCGGCCCUCUCCUCCCCCGUGCUCAGCGGCUGGGGCUCCACCAUGUCGGUCGGCCAGGUCCUCGGCAUGCUCAGUCUCUCGUUUGUGUCUGCGCGGGUUGGGCGCAAGCCGGCCAUGUAUGCGCUAUGGGGGUUGCUGGUGGCCAGCGUCAUUGUCGAGUGCGUCGCCUGGGCAUGGCCGCACUGGCUCGUAGCCAAGCUCUUCGCCGGUGUGGGCAUUGGCGGGAUCCAGACCAUCAUCCCAACCUUCUGGUGGUCGAUCGGCGGCGUUAUGGGCACCCUCGCGCUCCAGCGCCUCAACGCCCAGAAUGCUCUCGACUACCUCACGCCCAUCUACACGCAGUGGGCGCAGAUUGGCAUUAUGGGCAUUAUCUACCUCGUCGUGCCUGAGUCGCCGGCCUGGUAUGUAUCUGUCGGUAAAGUCGACCAGGCCCAGAAGGCGCUCGAGCGGCUCAAUGGCAAGGUCGCUGGCUACGACGCGGCCCGCGAGACCGAGGCUCUUGCGCUCAUGGCCGAGCACGAGCGUGCCCUCGCUGUCGAGCAGCGCCGCGAACACUGGUACGCCAUCUUCCAGGGCGUAGACGGCAAGCGGACCCUCACUACCCUAUGGACCAUCACGUCGCAGCAGUUUAUUGGCCUGACCCUGUUUGGCACCUUUGGCACGUACUUCUUCCAGCAGGCCGGCCUCCAGGAGCCCUUUACCAUCACCCUCAUCAACGCCUCCAUCGGUCUCGGCACCGUCCUGCUUACCGUGCUCGCCGUCGACUCCAUUGGCCGGAGAAAUCUUGCUUGCGCUGGCACCACUGUCUGCUGGCUUGCCUGUGUCGCCAUUGGCGUCGUCGGUGUCGCCCCUACUUCGGCUGCCUCCACCUACGUCUUUGUGGCCUUUACCUGUGUGUGGCAGGUCGGCCUGGCCAUCAACGGCGCCACCGGCUGGGGUUACAUAGGCGAGAUCUCCUCGCAGCGUCUACGGCCAUACACGGCCGGCUUCUCUGCCGCCGUCAGCUGCAUCGUGGGUAUCGUCAUGAACAUCCUCGUGCCGUACAUGGUCAACUCGAUCCAGUGGAAUUGGGGUCUCAAGACGGGCUGGUUCUAUGCCGGCGUCGGCCUUCCCUUUGUUGUGGGCAUGUGGCUCCUUAUUCCCGAGACGACUGGGCGUUCUGCUGCCGAGCUAGACGAACUCUUUGAGCGCAAGAUCAAGCCGUGGCGGUUCCACAAGACAGAAACCUCUGCCCAGCGGCCCAUCGCGGCUGUGGGAGAGAAGGAGUAA